AUGUCUCUGACCGAGUCGUCUGCCUCCGAAAUCGCACAGAGCGCAUCUCUUGCCUCUCGCCGGUUAGCCACAAUCUCGAACGAUGCACGCAACUUCGCAUUAACAACGCUCCACGCUGCUCUAUCUGAGAAGCGCGAUUUUAUCCUUCAAGCUAAUGCGAAAGAUGUUGCUUUGGCAACUCAGGCAGCCGCGAAUGGCGAGCUGAAUCAAAGUGUGUUGAAGCGGCUCGAUUUGACCAGACCUGGCAAGUACGAUGAUAUGUUGAGUGGUAUCUUGAGUGUGAGAGAUCUUGAAGAUCCAGUCGGUAGAGUUACGAUGCGAACGCUGUUAGACGACGGUCUGGUUCUAGAACGAGUCACUUGCCCCUUGGGGACACUUCUCAUAAUUUUCGAGGCUCGCCCGGAGGUCAUUGCCAAUAUCGCUGCCCUAGCUAUUAAGUCCGGGAAUGCAGCUAUUCUAAAAGGUGGAAAGGAGUCAACCGAGUCGUUUAUUGCCAUUGCGGAAGUUAUUUCGAAUGCGCUUUCAAAGACCGAAAUCCCGAUUCCUGCCAUUCAGCUCGUCAAGACGCGUGACAUUGUGUCUUCACUGCUCUCUCAAGACACCCUCAUUGAUCUAGUUAUUCCCCGCGGCUCAAACGAGCUCGUGCGAUACGUCAAGGAUAAUACAAAAAUACCUGUGCUUGGCCACGCCGAUGGUCUCUGCUCUGCAUAUAUCCAUUCCGAUGCAGACGUCACAACUGCUGUGAAAGUCAUUGUUGACUCCAAAACUGACUAUCCGGCGGCUUGUAAUGCCCUGGAGACUCUUCUAGUGCACGAACAUGUGCUUGAAAGCAUUUUGCCAGCUGUUGCCGAGGCUCUGCUCGCAAAAGGCGUCUCUCUCCGUUGUGACCAGGCUUCAAAAGCAGCUUUGACCAAAACUCUCAUCCCCACACAGGCAGCCCUUAUACAAGACUCCGUCGACCAAGACUAUAAUACAGAGUUCUUGGAUCUAAUACUCGCCAUUAAGACGGUGCCAUCGCAGUCUUCAGAAUCCUCUGCCGUACAGGCAGCUAUCGCCCACAUCAACGCACAUUCCUCGAAACAUACCGAUAUCGUGCUUACCACUUCGAGGCAAGUCGCUGAUUCUUUCAUGGCCGGCGUUGACAGUGCAGGUGUCUACUGGAAUGCCUCCACACGCUUUGCAGACGGCAUGCGAUACGGCUUUGGUACAGAGGUCGGCAUUAGUACAAACAAGAUCCAUACCAGAGGACCUGUGGGAUUGGAAGGAUUGACCAUCUACAAAUAUCUUAUCAAAGGUGAAGGUCAUAUUGCAGCGGACUAUGGUGGUUCGGGAAGUAAGAAGUGGAAGCACCAGAAGUUGGGGAUUUAA